AUGUCCCAACCAAUCGAUAACUCAUACCGUGGCCAUAAAAUAUAUAACAAACACUCCAAACCCCCCUACAACCACGAAUAUCAUAUGGGCCACGGCGCCCUCGGCUCUGUGGACGCAGUAACGGACAGCACAACCGCAAAACUCGUCUUAUACGCUCUGAAAACUAUCUCUCUUACUCACAGCCCAAAGUGUCGAGAUUCCGACUGCCAGAGCCUCCAAACUGAACUCUCCAAACUCGCGAGUUUCGAGCAUGAACAUAUUGUGAGACUUAUCGCAACGUACGUCAAUGAAGAUGCAUACAGUCCGACUUUCGGUAUCGUCACCACACCACUAGCCGAAUGUGAUCUCGAGGAUUACUUUGGGCUGUUUUGGAAUGAGAGGGGAAAGAAAUACCAUGAGGAGUCGGCUGGGUGGUUUGAAUGUCUGAUCAGCGGGUUGGAGUACCUGCAUAACGCCGAUGUUGUGCAUGGCCGGAUCAAUUCGAGAAAUAUUCUCAUACAGGAUGGAAAUGUACUUUUCACAGAUUUUGGGGUCGAGAGAAAGUAUUGGGAGAUUGACUCUGUCUGUGGUCCGAACAGAUCGACGGUGGAUUAUUCGGCCCCAGAACUAUGGAAGUGCGACCAUGUUGGAUGGACGCCCACAAAAGCAGCGGAUGUCUUUUCUCUCGCAGCAGUAUUUCUAGAGAUUCUGAUUACCUAUUGCACACCGGAUGCGCUCCACUCUUUCCGGACGCGUCUAGCACAUGCGCAGAUCGACAACGAACACCAAGCCCAGAGCAUCACGAACAUUAGCAGCAAGACAGAGAAGAAGAGCCAGAGCCUGCAUCUUUCAUAUUCCGCCGGAGCAACCACAAUACUCGCCCUCCGCAUAGCCCGCGGAACGGUCAUCGGAACCGCCUCGCCCCUCUCCGGCGAGUUCAAUUCAGUCUUAGACCUUUGCGAGGAGAUGAUGAACCCGAAUCCUCAUUCUCGCCCAUCAGCCGCAGACUUAGGCUGGUGCUGGUCGUACGGGCAUUUCCUGCCGGCUUCCUCAUGCGGCAUCACGCAUUACCCGCGUUAUGAACUUCCGAAGACCUUAGCUGAGCCGGUGGUUGGGACGAGGAUUGAGACGGGCACCGCGAGCAUUCUGGAAAAAGCACUGGAGGGGCAUGAGUGGGCGAAAGCAAAGGCGGUGGUUUGGUUGAAUAAAGUACCGCUCUACGAUGGGAGGAUUAUAUUGCAGAUGGCGAGGGAAAGGGGCGACAAGGAGGUAUUGGGCUUUCUGGAGAGGAAUUUGAUAAAUAAUUUUUGA